CUUAAGGAAAGGACGAGAACAAAAUGGCGGUAGUAGAGUCCGAGUGAACGUCAUGGCACUCAGUGCGUUCUAAAAUUUUUCUAAUUUCAAAAUUUUUUGAUAUUGUGUUUUCACAUUAUUAUUAUUAUUAUAGGUAUAUAGUUUAGUUUUAAGUUAGUGUCAAGUUCAGCCAAGUGUAAUAAUUGUGUGAAUCUGGGUUAUUUACGGAUCUUUUGAGAAAGCAGGGAGAUGAUUGAAAACAGUUGAUUCAGAAAUGGAAAGUUCGCCAUGCAAUAUAACGAGCAGCAGAAAGACAUGGCUGGUGAUGGUCUGUUUAAUGGGCCUAGGAGCUGUUAAUGCAGAAAUUGAUAACAAGUUUCGCUGUGGACCGGGGAUCACUACUCCUGGAGUGACAAUCCCAUCAGGAGAUAUCAUCUUGGAGUAUGGGUCGCCUUUGGAAAUCUUCUGUGUGCUCAGUCCCGGCGUUGUCAGCCAGGGGUUCAACUCCAGCCAACUGGUGUUCUACCACACCUCGAAUCGGAUCCUACCAGAGUUCGUCACGCUAGUCAACGAGUCCACUGCUCGACUCUAUGUGGAGAAACCUGUUCCAAUGGAAGAUAUGUUUUACUGUAAACUGACAAAUGGAACAGAGGAGUUUCCUGUCUGUCUCAACAGUGUCGCUGUCGGAUUUAGUCCCCAGGAAGUGCUGAACUUCUCCUGUGUCUCGCACAACUGGGAUAAUCUGAACUGCACAUGGACUCCUCCACUCAACUAUGUCAAAACCAAGUAUACCUUGGUAUACUAUCUGCCAGGCAGGAAUGGCUGGAAAUUGCGAUAUCGUUGCCCAAAUGAGACUGACGUCAAGGGGAAGAACUAUUGCUUCUGGGACCAGAGCACGACAAUCCCGUACAGGCAACCUUAUGAGUACUACUAUUUUUUGAUGACGGGCGAAAAUAGGUUUGGGUCUAUUACAACGAAGACAAAAUUCCAUCAUUAUGCUUAUGUGUUGCCGACCAAAGCUGCUAAUCUCACAUAUCUGGAUAUUACAUCAAGCAGUGUCAUGAUCCAGUGGUCUGUCGUCUUUCCCAUGCAGAAUUUUCCUCCUGGUGUCUUGCAGAAGGUGGAGUACCAAUCUCAGUGGGACUUAAGGAACCAGUGGCAUGUGGUUGAUGUCAGCUCUCUAAGCAAGAAGAGUGCAACACAUCAACUGAAUAUCACGGGACUGCAGUACGCCAACAGCCUCUAUGAUUUUAGAGUAUUCAUGAGGUCUCCCAUGGCUCUGGGUGAGCACAUGUGGUCGGAACCGGCCACACUCACGAUCAAGACUAGACCUACUGUGCCAGGAGCUGCUCCUGAGACGGACAUUGGGAGUUUUGAAGUGACAACGGUCGGCCUGACCAACCGUGACGUCUAUGUAUACUGGCGACGCAUCCCCGAGUACUUGUACAAUGGGGACUUUGGAGACUUCUACUACAAAAUCACUGUAAACGAGGAUGGCGUACCUCGCAAACAUAAAGGACACCUCUCCAGUAAUCUUCAAGCCAAUGAAACAACCUCCGCUUAUGCAAGAUUCACAGGAUUGAGUUUAAAUAGUUACCGUUUCAAAAUAGUCUCAGCAAACAAGGAGGGAAUCUCCAAGGAUUAUUCUGAAGUCUAUGUGCCAUCACAAAGUAAAAGUUUAGCUGAGCCCCUGUCAUUUACCAAGAUUGCUUUCGACAAUCAUAUCUACGAGCUGUCCUGGAAGCCUCCUGCCACCAAUCGUGCAAUAUCCAGUUAUACCAUCUUCUGGUGUGACAAUAACAAGGACAGACCAUAUCAGUGCACGGGGACCCUGAACUGGACGCGAGUAUCCAGCGAUGUGACCAUUAAGAACAUCACGGUACCUGACGACAAGAUCUACCAAUUUGCCAUUUCCGCCAACACCAAGACUGAGAGCAGUGGAAUGGUGUGGGCUUCUUGCACAGUCAUUCAUAACAAAAUUCUUGGAAAAAUGAAAAACAUUUGGAUCAAUCGUAUUGGAUCAACCUUUAUAGAAGUCGACUGGAAAUUGGAAUGCUCAGACCGGAUUGGAGUAGUAACUGGCUUUUUGAUAUCUUACUGUCCGAUUGUGUCUCCUCACAAUCCAGAAUGCAAAGUUGAAGCGAAGAAUACAACAAUAAAAGGCGACGGGAAUACCAUGAGAGGAAAUGUGACAAACUUGACACCCUACACAAUAUAUAUGGUGAUGGUUGCUGUUAUGACCAAGACCAGCAUCGGGCAGUGGAGUGAUAGGCUCUAUAACACUACUUUGGAAGCAGCUCCAGAUGUGGCACCAUUGGAUGUGAAGGUGUCGAAUAUCACCAACACAUCUAUGGUGGUUCAGUGGACGGCCCCCCACUCCAUGAAUGGUGUGUUACGAUACUACCAAGUACACUACAACGGCCGACUCCGCAAGGUCGAGGCCAUGGAGGGUAGCCACCAGGCACCCACUCAGGUUCAGUUGGACAACCUGGACAGUUUUGUCCUGUACAACGUGUCGGUGUCCGCUUGUACUGUGGCUUGCUCUAUCCCAUCUCAUCCUCUACAAGUACACACCGCUGUUGGCAAACCAGGAAAGAUGGAACGGCCAGGGGUGAACUUUGUGAACUCGUCGCAGGUGGAGGUAACAUGGCAACCACCCAGGUAUGUGGCUGGACACCUUGACAGUUACCAGGUCAAGAUUGAGGUUAUGGAAGACCAGCACAACAACACAGAUAUACUCAGUUGUACUGGUAACCAAACGCAAAUCCCUAUAGAAGACUGCAAUUCUGGUGGCCCUCAUCAUAAAUACUCUUUCUCUGUGCGUGCAGUGAAUUAUGCAAACGACACAGCCUACUACGGACCCUGGUCAGAUGCUGGAGAAGGCAACUGCUACAGUGCAGGAACAGGAGAUCUGUGGUUUAUUAUUUGGGCUGUCAUCUGUCUCAUCUGUGUUUCCUGUGUUUUUAUCGUUGCUUUCUUGGGAAAACGACUGUGGGAAAGAUACGAACAGAUGCGAACUGUCGAAGUAAAGCUGCCUCCUGGAUUGGCACCUGUGAUUGAGAAGGCAAGUGAUCCAGACUAUUACUCACAACUGAAUCUAUAUGGCUGGGGUUCAGUUCAACCUGAGGAGAUCAAGGGCAUCAGUCCACCAGACCAGGAGCUGUUGCUGCAGAAGAAAGGAGUGGAGAGAGAGGCCAAGGACCAUGAUCACACCAGUGUAGGCGAGGGGGAGGGUGAUGGUGACAGCAGUGGGUGCAGCUCCGGUCACGAAAGUGUCACUUCUUCACUGACCGCUGGCACGCACAUCUCCUCCGACAGUGGCACUGAGGCAGAUCAGUUACAUGACAAGAGAGCGACCUCUCUGGAUGGGGUAUUCAGUGACUCUGCGUCACCUCCUACUUCGCUUCGUCAGCGCAACAAGGCUCCAUCGACCAGCAGUGAAAGCAGCACGCGGUGGGAACGCGGAGAGCCGUACGUCAUGUUAGGUGGCAGUAGCUCGUGUCUCGUCAAGUCCACACCGAACCUUGGCGAGGUGGAGGGAGGAAUGACAGGCUACUCGCUUCUGGGAGGAGUGGCAGGUGGAGUAUGGAGACCACCGGUGAGCGCCAGUGGCUACGUGUCACUCCCACCAGCCGUGCCGGCCCCUGCCCCGCCCAUGUACGUGGCCCACCCUCCGUGCUGGGCGGAAAAGGAGCAGGCCGUGACUACCCCCAGUAAAGGUUACGUGAUGGCGGGCGAGAGCGAUCCUCCGUCCCAAUAUGUGAGGCUCGGCCACUCCAACUACGUCCCUCAUAGACAAUUAGAUGCAGACCUGUAGUGUAUAUAGCCACAGAUUGUAUAUUGAUAGGCAGCUUCAUGACUACCGGGACAAUGUGUAACUGUGAUAAUGUGUUGGUAUUGAGCCUACAUCCCUCCGUAGUGGUCGCUUUCAAAAAGCUGCUGUUUUCAUUCAUUCAUCGAUUCUUUCCUUCUUUCAUUGGUUUUAAUUAGAUUAACAUUUUCAUAUUAUAAAUUAUGAUAUAGUGGAUUUCUUUCUUUGCUUAAUUAGUUAUUUAGUUGUAUUUGACACAAGUGAUCAUUUUUCCCUUCAAAUGUUCUUUUAUAUUUUUAAAAAGGUGCUUAAAAGAGACUGCAUGGUUAUUAAUGUUAUCAAUUUAUUUAUUUAUUUAAAAUAUGAGAUCAUUGUUUUAAAAUGUUGAUCAUAGUCAUUGGAUAUUUAUAACUUUUCUUCCAUGUUAUUGUUUAAAAUUUGUAAAUAAUCAUAUUGUAUAUAUAUAUAUUUUAGUUUAAAUUUUGUGUAUUUUUAUCCAUGGGAUUCAAUUGUUUAAAAUGUAAUCUAUAUGUGGUUUAGUGCAUAUUCAGAUUUUAAUGUUUAAAACUCAAAUAUGAGUUCCAGUCACUGUUUUCAAUAUUCAGAUUUUAACAUUAGAACAAUAACAUCAUAUUUCAUCUGCUAUUAACAGUACUUUAAGCACUUGUCCCAUGUCUGUUAGUUGUUAUUUGAUCAAAGUUUUUAAGAAAGUAUAUAUAUAUAUAUAUAUAUA